AUGGCCGGCGACCAUGGCUCCGCCGUCGCGAGGGCGACCUCGGACUCUCUCUCUCAAAAUCAAAUCGACAUCGUCAUUGCGCUCGAAAGAGUCGGGGCUUCUUUGUCCAUGUUUGGAGUCAGCUUGAUAUUCGUCACCUAUUGGGCCUUCAAGCGCAUCAGGAAUGUGCCGAACCUCUUCAUUCUCAUGGCUUCCAUCGCCAACGUCGGCGCGAGUAUUGCUUGCGCCAUGGGGUACGAUGGUAUCCGUAACGGCGAGACCUCCGCCUUGUGUCAAAUCCAAGCAUUCUUGCUCGAAAUGUUCAUGCAAUCUGAUCCAUGGUGGUCCUUCGCCAUGGCCAUCAACGUCUUUCUUGUCUUCUUCGCCGGCGCCAAUCCUUCUUCUUUCCGCCAAUAUCUCUGGGUCUACUGCGCAAUCUGUUUCGGUUGCCCCCUUAUCCCCGCCCUCUGCUGUCUCUUCAUCAGACCAGAUGGGCCCAAUGAUUUGAUCUACGGUGAUGCUACCCUCUGGUGCUGGAUCAACGCGAAAUGGGGCGCCCUUCGCAUUUAUACCUACUACAUACCCAUUUGGUGCUGCAUUUUCGGCUCCUGUGUCAUCUACUUCGCCGUCGGCUAUCAUGUAUUUCAUCAACGCAAUCAACUCCGGAACUUGACCUUCAGCAACCCCGGCAAGGACGGAAAAGACGUCUCUUGUUCAGACGAACAGCGGGACUCUGCAGAAAAGAACCUCACAGGACGCGCCGAGUACUACGGCACUGCCGUAACAGAGGUACAAAUUACCACCGUCACCCCGAGACCUUGGACGCCCCCCCAGGUGCCGUCAUCAGCUGUAACAAAGGACUUUGCUUCCAAUCAGCAAGCUCGACAUGAACGCUCAUGGCGUACAAGCGACGAGCAAGACGCACCGCCGAGUCCACGUUUCGAGACGACUUGCACUUCCACCCCGCCUCCGCCCCAGCCUCGGCGCUCCGUUUUCCAACGCGUUGGUUCGAUCAAUGAGAAGUUCUCGGCUCGUCUGAGGAGUCUCGAUCCUGUCAAGCUCGCCUAUCUCCGAACCAGUUUCAUUUUUGCCAUUUCCGUCUUCGUCACAUGGACCCCGAGUUCGAUCAACCGCGUGUACAGUCUCAUCAGACCCAACCAGGUCGCAUUUGGCCUUCACGUCGCCAGUGCCACGGUGCUGCCUCUCCAGGGUGUUUGGAACGCCGUCAUCUUCUUCAUGACCAGCUGGGGGACGUUCAGAGAGGAAUGGCUGGAGAUGCGACACCGAAAUCAGGCCCGGAGGCUCGACAGCCAGUGCGACGGCCGCCUUGGUGGCAGACGAAUCGAAGUUAUUCGUGCUGAACGGCAGGAACGGUUUAACGGACGCUGCUUUGGGCAUACAAAAGCCUUCGGUAGCGACCAGACGAGCGAGCUCGAGCUGACGUCACCUCCGGCAGUUGGGACUUACACCAAGAGCAGCAUCUUGUACUCCCAGCUCGACUACCACUAG